CACGACUUAAACCUUCCAACGACUCAAAAGUGUUAAUUUUUAAGUUCCUUUAUUUAUUUCCUUAAUUGAUUGUACAACCAGGUUUUACAUUUAAAAAAAUGGUCGUAGGCCGAGUGAAGACUAAACUUGAGAAAGGAGGAGAAAUGAUUGCGUACAGUGAAUUAGCAUUGAGGAACAAUUCAGCGGUCGUAGAGUACUGCAGGACGUCGAUGGCUGCUCUGUCCGGCAGCACGGCAGGCCUGCUUGGACUCACUGGUUUUUAUGGAUUCGGCUUUUAUGUAUUCGCUGUACUCGGGCUUUGGGGUCUCCUGAUGCUGAAAGCAGGCUCACAGUGGAGAAAAUAUUUUGUAAAUAGGAGAGUCAUUUUGACAAAUGGAUUCUUCGGGGGUUUAUUUACAUACAUUCUGUUUUGGACAUUUAUAUAUGGAAUGGUCCACGUUUAUUAAUUAGCGAUCUCAACAACACUAUAGGUUACAUCAUCAUAUGAUUGCCUUAUACUCAAUUGUUUAUAUUAAUGUGUACAUUACAAUAAAUUUAUAUAAAUUAUA